GACAAUGACUCCACUGAUCGUAAGCUUUGUGUUGUGUGCCGUGAAGUUGAGCAUCGUAACGGCCUUGCCGAGUGGAAUGCCGGAAGCGACGGAACCGCUGGACGCCUGUGGUAAGCACUAUAACGAUCUAAUUGCCGCCACAGACAGCUGGUACGACAAGCAGUGCGAGGGCGCAAAGGGACGGGCCGCGUGCGUGGUGCCGGAGCAUGAGAAAGCCUAUCUGGAGCUGAAACAACGCUGCAAACAAGCGCACGAUGAGCGCAACGCGAAGGUGGCAGAAAUUUACGAAAAGCUGCCGAAAUACGCCGCCGACGUUGGUACGCGGGUGAGCUUGCUGAAGGAGUCGCUCCGGAACGACAUGCCCAGCCUGGUGGAGAUGGUGAACGAGCAGAAGAGUUUGCUGGAGGACGCGUGGAAGUAUGGUGCGCAGCUGCAGCGUGAGCUGAUGCAGACGAGCAUGGAGUCGGAUCACAUGCAGCGUGCGCUGAUGCUCCACUCGAUGCUGGUGAACUCUUCGCUGUCGGACAUGCUGCAGGAAAGCUACCGGUACCACGGUGGCAACAGUCGGAUGGUGGCCCGGAUGUUGAAGUUUGCCCGGCUACUACCGUCCGCCGACGAACGGGUGGAGGUGUACAAGCAGCUGUCGGAGCUGUUAAAAUCCAACCAGCAGGAUGAACGCUACCCAGCCAUCUUAUUCGCAAGCGAUGUAAAAGAGCUGAAGGAUCGUUCAGCAUCCGAUCCGGACCAAUUCCAGAGCAAGGUGUUGCAACGCUGGCAGGCCCAGCUGCUAGCGGGCAACUUCAACGAGGUACUUAUGUUCGCCCAGGACUAUCCCGAAUACUAUGCGCACAUCGAGAAAGAGUUGUACGGUGCGCUGAAGAGCCAGUGGUCUGUGGAAGCCCUCAACAGGAUGGUGCAUCUGCCCAACACGCUGCCAGUUGCAGCACAGCGUGUUGAAGCGUUCCGUGCCGUACUGGAUGCAUUGUUGGAGAAUCAAACGAAACAGCGCAAUGAUGCCUACCUGAUGCGGUUGGCGAACGACCUGACCCAGCUGGAAGCAACGCUCGGUGCGGAAGAUGCGGAAUCACGCCAGGCGCUGGAGGAAACCAAGAAGCUAUUCGAACAAUUCACGUACGCGCGCGAUUUCUCCGCGUACGCCGAGCUGUACAAGGUGUUCAGAGCAGCUUUCUAGAACCCGUUCAAUAGUGUGCCGAAUAAAACUUGAAUGAUUUAUGAUGCGUGUGGGAGCAGCACUCGUGAA